GCCUCUCCCACCAGCUACGUUUACUUUUGUGUCCUAACGGCCUGUGCCUGCCCCUAAAACACAGGGAUCCAGCAGCAUUGUGGCCUGCGGAAUACAAAACGGAGAGAGCUUGUCUCCCAUUAGCUGUGGCUGUUACAUGGUGCAGCCACGGUGACUGGGUGGCUCUCUGUUUUCACUCGGCCCUUUAGUCGCCUUAGGCGCUUGUUAACAGUUUAUUUUUCCUGCUUAUUGUGUGUCUGGUUAUUUAUGGAGCCGUUUGCUACAAUGUAGUCUCCAGGCCCCUGUCUCAGUCUUGGUCUAGAGUUUUAAAUAAAAGGGGGUUUCCGAGCCCUAGGGGUGCAAUUAUACAUAUAUUUAAGCUUCAGUUUAGACUCUCUUCACAGGAAGGGGAAGAAUAGAAUUCUGGAACAUUUCUGCCCUGGGAGUUCCAUGUGAGAAUAACCCUAUUUAGAAAGAGCAUUUGAAGAAGAUCCUUAAAAAUAUGUUUUUAAAUUGCUGGCUGUAAAGUGAGUGCUCGUUCUUCCUUAUUGGAACAGUUUUCUUUCACAUUUGUGAGAUGGCGUGCACGCAUAUGUGUUUAAAACUGAUGUUUAAUUAUGGCGGUACCAAUUUGCAGUAACCAGACUGUGACACCGCAUCCCUAUGGGGUCCUUCUAAAUCUGGUGUAAUAUGAAAGUGUCAGGCAGGCGGUCUGUGUAUUAUAAAUAGGGUACUUCAUCCAUGAUAAGCGAUUAUUAUCUUUCUUUCCCAAGUGUAAAAGACCUACAUAAUUCAAGAAGGUGCCAGUGAUUUAGGCCUCCUGAGUAAGAAUCCAAUGAGUCCUGAAGGGGACUCUACCUGUGUCAUCUUAUUGUUCAACGUGAACUAUUCAAUUUAUUAGAUUGAAAUGUAUUUUUAGAAGUCAACGCAGGCUAAAGUAAUGUUGGAAGCCAUUAGACCACCAGCACAAUUUAGCACCUCAUAGUAGCCUUUGUUCAAUAAACCUUCAUCCACAUUAACGGAAGAAACCACUGAAUUUUCACAGCUUACUGCUAACUGGGUGACAUCUCUGUCCCUCAAUCUCAUCAUCUGUAAAAUGGACAAAAAGUACCUGGUCAGUGUAGUAAAGGAUGAAAUAAGAUGCACGAUUGUGUAUUAAUGUCUUGUGAGCAGAGGUUCUGUAUAGACCCCAAAUAGUACUGCUAAUGAAGGAACUCAGUAAAGCCCAAUGGUAAUAAAUGAGACUUCAGCUAGUCAGUGAUUUGGCAUGUGCUGCAGUUUAGAAAUGUUAAUGAAACGAGUUAGUUAAUCCUGCUCUGGAGGGUGGGUGUCAACUGCAGUUAAUUUACAUAAAACAGCUUCCUGUUAGGGAAUCUACUCCUUCUAUAGUUUCUUCAGCAUGACUGUGUCCUGUAGUAUAUUCUGUAUGCCUCCCGUUUGUGAACUGAUGGAAUCUUAGCAACCUUUUGACGUCUCCCAUGACCCCUUGUUUUGAGAUGAAUGGCCGGCAAUCCUGGAAGUGAUGCAGCUUUGGGUACUCAGAGAUCAAUGUUCUCCGGGAGUCCCCGAACAAAGAAAUUUCCACUAACUGAGCAGGAGGCAUUUUAUAUGAACUGUAGAGCCGCCUACUUAACUAUCUUCAAAAGCAGCCUGGAAAACAUUAUUUCUAAGGAUCAACUUUACCUAGCUCUUCAACAUGCAGGAAGAAGUCCAUCCCAAAAGACCAUUAAUAAGUAUUGGACUCCUCAAACUGCCAAACUGAAUUUUGAUGAUUUUUGUAUAAUUUUAAGCAAGGAAAAACCUACUUCAAAAGCAGAAUUGCUAAAAUCAUUUAAACAAUUAGAUGUGAAUGACGAUGGCUCCAUUCUACACUCUGACCUUCAUAAAUAUCUAACGAAGAGAGGCGAGAAGAUGACUAAGGAAGAAGUAAAUGCUGUGAUAAAUUUGGCUGAUGUAAAUGCUAAUGGAAAGUUUGACUACAUGAAGUUUUGUAAAUUAUAUAUGACAACCAGCGAGCAGUGUCUCAGGACUACACUAGAAAGACUGGAGGCUGACAGUAAACUGAGGCGCCAACAGUUUGGAAGCCACAUGGAAGGAUCCCCUGAAAGAGGCCCAUCUCCAGCACCAAAACCAUCACCUAGAAUCAUAAGAAAAAAUGACCAGGAAAUGUUCUCAAGUAAAGGUGACGCAAGCCCUUCCUUGCUGUCAACAACUAGAAAGUUCAAAACAUCUGUUUCCUGCACAAUUACCAUGAGCGCUAAUAGUAACCGAGACUCAAAGUUAACAGAGCCAAACCUAAAGGACUGGCAUUGUGUGCAGUCGAAAGGCUGUUUCUUUUUAGAAGAAGAUGGUGAAGUUGUUAGUCAUCAGUACAAGAUGCACAUAGCUCAAAGAUCUAUGCUUUAUCUAACAAUUAAGCCACUGAAUCUGAGUCAAGUUGAAGGAAAACGUUCCCCCUGGUUAUCCGUUGAUACGGCCUUAUAUAUUCUUAAAGAAAGUGAGGAUCAAGCAGAACCACAGCUCAUGUGUUUUACUGAACUACGAAAUAGAGAAGUGUUUGGAUGGACUGGUGAACUAGGACCAGGAAUUUAUUGGUUAAUUCCUUCCACAACUGGCUGUAGACUAAAAAAAGAAGUAAAACCAGUAACAGAAGAAGCCCAACUUGUAUAUAGAGAUGAAACAGGGGAAUUAUUUCUUACAAGUGAAUUUAGGUCAACUUUAUCAGAGAUAUUUGAAGUCAUUGAUUUAGAUGGAAAUGGUCUUAUUAGCCUUGAGGAGUACAACUUUUUUGAAUUGCGAACAAGUGGUGAAAAGUGUGAUGAGGACGCGUGGGCUGUCUGUAGAGAAAACUUUGACACAAAGAAGAAUGAAUUAACAAGACAGGGAUUUAUGGACUUGCAUCUGAUGGAAGCCAAUGAUCGAGAAGGAGACCCUCUUGACCUGUGGGUGACUCUACAUUCGAUGGGAUACAAUAAGGCUCUGGAGCUGACAGAGGCAUGCCCAUUUGUCAUCAAUAUCUAUGCAGAAAGAUGUAAGCCAAGAAUUAAAGCGAUCCAUAUGGAGGCAUGUAGUGGGCAACUUGAGAAGGCCAUUUGCAAGUCCGUCCUUGAUAGAAGUGAUGCUAAAGUCAUGGAUGGCUAUGAAAAUAUAAUUGUACAUACUUGCAAUUAUGACACCUGGAUAACAUCUAUCAUUGAAAAUAAGUCAGAUGACAAAGUGAUUAUUCACAUCAACAAUGAACUAAGUAAAAACUGUGUCAACAACAGAGGACUCAACGUCUUUGCAGUAGAAGUGGCUCCAAGAUCUACAAUGGUUUGUCAACAUGUAAUGCCCUUGAAUGAACGACAAGAAUGGAUAUAUUAUUGUGUGUAUUCCCUUAUAUCUUAAAUAAUUCCACUUGGAACUAUCAAACUAAGAAGUAUUUUAGAUCAAAUCUGUUAUUUAUUAACUAAAUGCUGUUCCAUGACACUGGUUUAGUUAAUAAUCUGUUUCAUUUCUAUGCAUUUAUAUUUUAUGUCCAUGUUAUAUAUUUUAUUAUUAAAAUUCAAAUAGUGUUUUAAAAA